AUGGCGCCUCAGGAAGUUCACCGCAGCUAUGCUUUGCCUUCGCUCCCCAAGGAGCUCUCCUGGGCGAAGCUGCGCUUCAGAUCGGAGUUGCGGGACGACGAGUGCAAGAUGCGGGAGGUGGACGAGAACGUGCGGAAGUUCUACCCGAACCUAAGUGAGCUGGAACCAUUGCACAUUGAAGAGGACAGUUCCCGUUCAAAGUUCGCGGAGCCUUCACCCCCGACCUCGCCCACCGGAAAGCGCGGCAAGCGCGUCGGCGUGGUUUCGUUGUCCAACGCGGUGGCUGCCUCCGGCACGCACAACGCCAUGCUGGGGCUCAGGGCUUUCAUGGACCGGAAGGAGAUGGUUGGUUCCCGUCUGCUGGGCAUUCGGAGUUUCAAAGGCAGCGAGUUCGAUAUCGACAAACCCCAGGCCUACAAUAUCUUUAUCAACCAGGCCGGGAGCGAUAUGCUGAGAACCAUUGCUCUGGCGAGAGUCAACAAGACCUUGCUGAACCAGAUCACACGCCUUUGUGAAAACCUGCGCUUGGAUGCUUUGAUUUUUUUGUGCGGGCCCAGUGAGCUGACGCACGUUGGGAAGAUCAUCGAACACUUGACAAAGGAGAAGCCGCAAGUACUGGUGAACUGCAUCUUGCACAGCGUCAGUGGUUGGGUGCGCAGUCCCGGAUGGAUCGAGACGAACUUGGGCUUCGAUAGCGCCUGCGCUUGUUUGUGCGAGGUGGCUGGGAACCUCGCCCUCAGCAGGCAAGCUUUAGACCGUGACAUUUAUCACUUCGUGGCAUGCGGUUCCAAGACUCUCACCAUUGAGGUCGCCUUGCAAAUCCGACCCACGAUGUGCUUCAUCGGGGAGGAGAUCCGACGCAAGAGGCGUUUACUCGAUGAUAUCAUCGAAGAAAUUUGUGACACCAUCGUGGUGCGGAACUGUGAGCACGACCUCCAUGCAGGAGUCAUCAUGAUCGCAGACGACUUCUUUGAACAGAUGAUCGAGAUGACGGAACUGCGUCAACAGAUGCACAGGUUGCGCUCAGAUCGCAUUGCCGACUUGUCCUCAGAGGCUGGAAGCAAUGGUGGUGACUUCGGGGGUAACCCAGCCAUGCCGGUGAGGCUCAUGGCUUUAGCUCCAUCCUUCUUGAAGGAUGUUCAGGUGCAGUGGGGCUCUAUCUCCAACAUCAGCGAAGAGGCCUCCCGGCAGAUGGAGAAGGUCCACUGCAACUCCAAACCCAUCGAGGACGUCAUCAGCACCGCCCAGCUGCCCGUCUCCUCCGUCCGCGACGCCGUGAUCCUGCUGCAGUCCCCGGGCAGCGGCGCCGGGCGCUCCCUGGACGUCGAGGAGCUGCGGGAGAUCGUGGCGGAGCUCAUCGCGGCCUACAGCGAGCCGGAGCUGCAACGGAAGAUCCGUAGUGUUUACGAGAAGCAACGGAAAGCCGCUUCGAACGGUGGCGGGUCGGAAGACUACAUGGCCGAGUUGAGGGAAGUCCUAUGGCCCUGCCAGACGGACAUCGCGGAAGCCUACGGGCUGCCAGGCACCUCUGAGGGUCUGCAGCGCAUCCAAAACGAAGUGCAGCGGGCCAUCACCGAAGGUGACGUGGAAAUUCGGUGCUUAGCCGACGAGGCGCUGAUGCUGCUGGGAAUGAGCCCCUUGCAGAACAUCAUCCAGGAGGUGAAAGCGGAAGAUUUCCUGAAUUGCAUCUACACUGCCGCUGGGGAUAGCAGUGGCAUCGAAGUCGAAGAGUUCCUGUUGAAUCUGAAGUGCGAGACGCCCUUGGAGAAGGCCGCGCGGGCGCGGGGACUCAUCGCUGCACGGCGCUUGAAGGAGGAGAGGAACCCUCCUGGAGGUCUGACCUGCGGCCUGUUGCGCACCUGGGCUGCCUACGAGCGCCUGGGCCUGGCUCCGCAGCACAUGAUCAGCAACGAGCCGCUGCCCGUGGCGCGCCUGAAGCGCCCCAGCGCCGCGCAGGUCUGGGAGUUUGUUCUUCGAAAUCAGCCUGUGGUCAUUGAAGAUGCUGUGAACGCAGAUGAUUUCCCGCCCUUCUUCGAUUUCGCGGAUUUUGAUUAUCUCCGGGAACGCUGCGGUCAUCGCUACGUCAAGGUGAAAGGCGAUUCCUGCUGGGACAACAAAGGAAGACAACUCUUUCUGAAUGAUCCCACGAUUGAGCUCAGCAUCUCUGACUAUUUGGAUUUGAUUGAAGUUGCGGAGGAGCACGAGACGUGCAUCUCCUGGUAUAUGGGCAAACUGCCGCUGCACACCGAUGUGCCCGAAAUGUUUGAUGACAUUUGCAAUGCACCAAAUUCGCCAUGGAGAAAAUAUGGUAGCUGCUUUGGCGAGAACAACAAGGGGGUCCAUACCUACUUCGGAUGUGGAGGCAACACCACUUGCCUACAUGCAGACCCCUCAGAAAAUUUGCUGCUGGUGGUCAUGGGCGAGAAGUUCAUGGAUAUCUAUCCGCCUUGUGAUGCUGCAUGCAUGCACACCACGGUGAAGAAGUUCCUGAAUUCGCUGGUGCCACCCUUCGUGGACCCAGCCUAUGUUCCGAAGGACGUGGACAAGAACUGGUCCUGCUACAAACAUGCGCGGCCCCAGCGUGUACAUUUGAAAGCGGGGGACUUGUUCUACCUCCCCAUCUUUUGGUGGCAUGCGGUGCAGGGCUCGAUUGGCCGGAAUAUGAUUCUGAACUGGUGGUGUCAGCAGCAUCCAUACAAGGAACACAAGUACAAGGGCUUUGAAGGCACCCGUGAGGUACUGGAAGUCCUACAGCACUUGAACGAGGCCUGGUCCCAGCAGAGUGGCCCGGGUGGCCCUACGGCCACGGAGAGAUCCGUGGCGCAGGAGCUGGGCAGCGGCUUGUUGUAUUCGGAUUCCAUGUGCGUGGCCAGCAACGGCUACAAGAAACUUGUGGCGCCACCACCCCGCGCACCUCCAGUGAAGACUUCCAACUCCCUGUUGCCCAGCAACGGCUUUCGCUGGAAGUCCACACGUAGCCAGGCAUAG